AUGAAUUCCACUAUUUUCGGCGAAUUAUUGGCUCUGGCGAUAUCUCCCAAGCAGAGAUUGUUUGCUACUCUAAGAUAUCUUGCAUCUGGACUAACAUUUGAGGGUUUAAAAUUUGAAACUGCGAUUGCUGCUCAAACCCUUGGACAUAUUAUCAUCGAGACCUGUGAAGCAAUCAUAAAGGUUUUGAAGAAAUAUUUAAAGUGA